AUGAAUGUCAGUACUAGUGCCUUAGGAGUUAGAAGAAGAAAACCUGCUACGCAGAAUAUUGAUGACGAAGAAAAUGCGUCGAUAUUGAAGUUAGGACCUGAGUUCCAGUUGAACCAAAUUACGAACUCAGGUGACAGUGAGCAAUUAAUUGCAUUAAAUUUAUCGGAAGCAAGACUAUUGAUCAGAGCAGCAUUGAAAGAACGUAAUAAUAAGAACGGUGGACAACCUGGAGACUCAGAUGUAGAUGGUGCGAACGGAAAGUCCAACGGAGAAGGAGAUGGAGAAGAAAAGGAAGAUGAAAUUUCCAAUAUGACAUUAGCAGGACCUAAUUCUAAUGAAAUUAUGCACAAAACUUUAAACUAUUUAUCUAAUUUUGCAAGAUUUAAGAAUCCGUCAUCAACUGAAACUGUAGAGAAAUUGUUAAAUGACUUUAGUGCACUGGCUUCUGAACCCUUACAUCCAUUCGAGUUGGCCCAGUUGGGGACCUUGGAAUGCGAAGAUGCUGAAGAAGCGAAGUCUUUAAUUCCAAGUUUAACAAACAAAGUGAGCGAUGUCCUGUUGCAAACUUUGUUAACAGAAUUGAGAAAAUAUCAAACAUUAUCAUAG